UCGUAUCGGGCGCUGGAGUCCCGGGCGCUUCUAAAAACACAAAGGUGUAGGCCACCUACUUCGUUCAGCGAAAAUGGCGAAACUAAUAGUAUCAUAUUUCGGCGUUUCUUCCGAUUUCUGGACACCUCUUAAUGAAGUCUUCCGGCGAUGGAGGAUUCACUAAUUUACAACCAAUUCUAGGUUUUUGAUCGGAAAAAUCCGCUCGAUCGAUGGCCACGGCGGCGUUUCAUAAGCAGAAAGAAAUCAAAGGGCUGUUAUUAGGCCGUUACGAAAUCGGGAAGCUUCUCGGCCAUGGAACUUUCGCUAAGGUGUACCACGCGAGGAACGUUCGGACGGGGGAAAGCGUCGCGAUUAAGGUGAUCGAUAAGGAGAAGGUUUUGAAAAUAGGUUUAACAGCUCACAUCAAGCGCGAGAUCUCCGUUCUGCGGCGAGUUCGGCACCCGAACAUCGUCCAAUUGAUCGAGGUCAUGGCGACCAAGUCGAGAAUAUUCUUCGUAAUGGAGUAUGUCAAAGGCGGGGAGCUCUUCAACAAAGUCGCCAAGGGGAGGCUCAAGGAGGAAGUCGCUAGAAAGUAUUUCCAACAGCUAAUUUCUGCAGUAGCCUUCUGCCACGCCCGCGGCGUCUACCACCGUGAUCUGAAGCCGGAAAACAUACUUCUCGACGAUGAUGGGAAUCUCAAGGUCUCCGACUUCGGGUUGAGUGCUAUUUCUGAACAGAUUAAGCAGGAUGGCCUUUUCCACACCUUAUGCGGAACUCCGGCGUAUGUCGCGCCGGAGGUGCUCGCUAGGAAGGGUUACGAUGCGGCCAAAGUCGACAUUUGGAGCUGUGGUGUGAUACUGUUUGUUCUAAUGGCCGGUUAUCUGCCAUUUCACGAUCAGAAUCUAAUGGCUAUGUAUAAGAAGAUUCAGAAAGGUGAAUUCAGAUGCCCUAGGUGGUUUUCACCUGAAUUGAUUCGAUUACUGAACCGAAUGCUCGAUACGAAUCCUGAGACUCGGAUCACCAUUUCUGAGAUAAUGGAAACUAAGUGGUUCAAGAAAGGGUUCAAGCAUGUGAAAUUCUACAUCGAGGAUGAUAAAUUUUGCAGUGUUGAUAACUAUGAGAGUGAUGGGAUCGAGUUUCUAUCCGAUCACUCAUUGUCCGAAUCAGAGUCCGAGCCGGAGAACAAGAGGAUCCCCCGGCUUGCUAGGCCUGCUAGCUUGAACGCUUUUGAUAUCAUUUCAUUUUCACGUGGUUUUGAUUUGUCAGGGUUGUUUGAUGAAGGCUCAGAUGGAAGGAUAAGAUUUAUCUCGGGAGCAUCUGUCCCGGAAAUUAUAUUGAAGCUGGAGGAAAUUGCCAAUGGAGUGAGCUUUGAGGUGAGGAAGAAGGAUUGCAGAGUGUCGUUGGAGGGAUGCAGGGAAGGGGUUAAGGGGCCUUUGGCGAUUUCAGUGGAGAUAUUUGAGUUAACGCCAUUGUUGAAUGUAGUUGAGGUUAAGAGAAAGGGAGGGGAUCGAAAUGAAUACGACGAAUUUUGUGAGAAAGAAUUGAAGCCUGGAUUGCAGAGCCUCGCCGGAGGCAGUGAUGUCGCCAAUCGUUCUUAAAGCUAGUCAGGAGGCUGCUUGUCCGGAUCCUGGGAUUGUAAACCACCCUGCCAACUCCACACAAUAUCCUUGAGGGAAGGUCUGAGUUCUUGAUCCCUGAACUUGAGGUAUUCCAUGGUGUCUCCUCCAGUUUUCUUCAAUUCCACCAUGUGCAGUGACGGCGCCACCUCGAAGAUCUCCGCGUCGAUGCUCAGCUGCCCUUUCCGGCCCUUCCUGCUCCCUUCCAUCUUCACCACCCCCUCUUCCUUCUUGAUCUUGAACUUCUCCGCCGUCGAUGCUAUGGCCUCCUCCAGUUUCGACACCACUUCCGACGGCGGCAACUUUGUCGUGAACCACGCCUCGCGCUGCUUCGAAUUGCUGUUGCUGUCCUCGAACAAACCCGACAGAUUGAAUCCUGGAGACAGGGAUAUUAAGUCGAAGGCGUUCAUGCUGUUCGGCCUUGUCAGGCGGCGCUUCUCGACUUCCUUCUCCUUAAUCGGACUUGAAUCGAAAUCAUCUAAAUUGAGGACAUCCAGAACGCUGCGCGGGGAUGAGUCCUCGACAUUUCCCGUUUCAAUGCUUGGAGACGGCGGCAUAGACGCAGUUUCCUCGAACCCCUUUCGGAACCAUGGAUUCUCCAUGAUCUUCAAAAGGGUUAUUCUCGUCGCCGGAUUCGGGUCGAGAAUCUUCUGGAGAAGCUUCCGAACUUCGGGAGGGAACCAAUGGGGGCAUUUGAAUUCCCCCUUACUAAUCUUUUUGUAUAGUUCCAUCAAGUUCUGAUCAUGGAAAGGUAGAAAGCCUGCGAGGAGGACGUACAGGACGACUCCGCAGGACCAAAUGUCGGCCUUCUCGCCGUCGUAGCCGCGCUUGUUGAUAACCUCCGGGGCGACGUACGCUGGCGUGCCGCAUGUGGUGUGGAGAAGCCCGUCCUGGUGCUUCGAAUUGAUGAGAGCGCUGAGUCCGAAAUCGGUGACUUUUAGAUUCCCGAAUUCGUCGAGGAGGAGAUUCUCCGGCUUCAGGUCGCGGUGGUAGACGCCGCGGCUGUGGCAGAAAUCUACGGCGGCGAUGAGCUGCUGGAAAUAUUUGCGGGCGACGUCCUCCUUGAGGCGGCCUUUGGCCACUUUGUUGAAGAGCUCGCCGCCCUUGACGUACUCAAUGGCGAAGUAAAUCUUGGACUUGCUGGCCAUAACCUCGUAGAGCUGGACGACGUUGGGGUGGCGGACGAGGCGCAUGACGGAGAUCUCGCGCUUGAUCUGGUCGAUCAAUCCGACCUUGAGGACCUUCUCCUUGUCGAUGACUUUGAUGGCGGUGCUCUUCCCGGUCUCGACGUUUCUUGCAUGGUGAACCUUGGCGAACGUUCCUUGUCCGAGUAACUUCCCGAUCUCGUAUCUUUGCAUCAGAAUGUUGCCUUCUUUGAUCUUCUCCAUUGAACAAGAUUGAAUACGAUGAUAGGAUCCAAUCCAACGUUACAUGAAUUUAUUGGAGAAGGUGUUGCAAGAGAUUUCUGAAAGCCUUGCCCGAAGGGGGCAAUAAGCUCCAAGAAAAUCCCUUGCGUUUAGAGAGAGAGAGAGAGAGAAAUGAGAAAU